CUAUCUUUUCAUGAUAUUCACUUUAGUUCGCGCUGUGACUUCAGGCGAAAACCACAACAAACGCUCCAUAGUUUGAAAAGCUAAAGCUCGCAGUGCACUGUUAUUGGAAAUACCACAAAUACUCGUUGAAACAAUUUCAGUCGAUGCUGCUGCACGGUAAAACAACAACAAAACAAAAAUAAAUAAAUAAACAAAUAUUCUAAACAAAGUUUCAAGCCAAAGUCAGUCACGAAAAUUACGCCAACGAAAAACAUAAAUUUUCGCACAAUGGAGCUGCUUACAACUGUGGAUAAACAUGCCAAAUCGCAAAUCGCCCAAUGGUAUGCGGGAAAGUGUAUACUUAUAACUGGUGCUACUGGUUUUAUGGGAAAAGUCUUGGUAGAGAAGCUGUUGCGCAGUUGUCCAGAGAUAAAGAGGAUUUAUCUAUUGAUUAGAUCGAAAAAAGGUGUUGACCCAUUGAUACGAAAAGAGCAAUUUUUUAAAUGUGUGAUUUUUAAUAAAAUUUUAAAAGAAAAUCCAAACGUUGUUCAUAAGGUUCAAGUCGUUAAGGGCGAUGUAUUGGAAGAUGAACUUGGUUUAAAUGCAAAUGACACAAACGAAUUGGCAUCGAACGUUGAAAUCGUAUUUCAUUGUGCGGCCAAUGUAAGAUUCGACCAACCACUACGGCCGAUGGUUCAAAUGAAUGUCCUUGGCACAUUAAAAUUGCUUCAGUUGGCUGAAAAAAUGACCAACCUUCAAGUUAUCAUACACGUAUCGACGUCAUAUUGCCAAUGUAAUGAAAGUGUUCUGGAAGAACGCGCUUAUCCAGCACCACAAAAUCCUUACGAUAUAAUCAAAAUGGUUGAGGAUAUGACCGAUGCUGAUUUGAAAGAAAUUACACCAAGACUGCUUAAUGGACUUCCGAACACAUACGCCUACAGUAAGGCCCUCACAGAGGAUUUAAUAUGUAGAUAUGGAAAAGAGUUGCCCAUCAUUAUUACCAGACCAUCAAUAGUUACCGCAGCAAUCAAUGAACCUCUACCCGGUUGGAUAGAAGGCGUUAAUGGGCCCACUGGUCUAAUGAUUGGUGCAGCACGUGGCAUCAUUCGUUCCAUGCAUUGUAAUCCUGAAUACUCAUCUACGGUCAUACCAGUCGAUAAAGCUAUAAAUGGAAUGAUAGUUGCGGGAUAUAAUCGCGGCAAAUCGAAAGGCGUUAAUUGUGUGGAAUUUUGUAAUCUCUGUAUCUCGAAGAAAGCGUUAUUCUCUUGGGGUGAGAGUAUUGAGACUGGGAAACGAUUUUUCUACGAAUACCCAUUAAGUUACGCAUUAUGGUAUCCAGAUGGUUCAAUUAAAAAGAACUAUUAUCAUCAUUUAUUCUGUGUGAUCUUCUUUCAUUAUCUGCCGGCAUAUCUCAUAGAUUUCUUUUUAUUACUUUUCGGUCGUAAACAAUUUUUGGUGCAUGUACAAAAGAAAAUCUCAACGGGUCUAAAACUAUUACAGUAUUAUACGACUAAAGAUUGGGACUUUCGAAAUGAAAAAUUCCAACGCCUGAGUGAUAAUUUGAAUCAAAUAGAUCAAGACAUUUUUGAUACAUCUGUGAGUCAAGUGAAUUGGGAGCAAUAUAUACGUGGCUAUAUAAUCGGAAUGCGGACCUAUAUACUUGGUGAAAGUGUAGAAACGAUUCCGAAGGCAAAAAAGGUGCUGCGUAGAUUAUAUAUUCUAGAUCGUGCAACAAAAUAUACUAUUUGUCUACUACUCUUCUGGUUCUUAUGGGCUCAUUUAGAAGGCUUUGUUGAACGAAGUGAUGCGAUUAUACGUUCUUCUUUGUAUAUAAUUUAUAAAGAUUACAAUAAAACCGUAAAUACUUUUUAGUAUAAUUAUGUAUUGAUUAUUUUUAAUUAAGGUUUUUACUCUUGUGUUUCGUUUUAAGUAAUAAUAUAUUUCCAAAUAUAAAACUAUAUACAUACAUAUGUGUAUAAUUAUGUACAAAAAA